CAAAUACUUUAAAUUAAAAAUAUUAAUAAAAUAGUUAUUUCAUAAUAAUCCAGUAAAAUAUGACUUUAGUGUUGGGGUCAGUGUUGGGAGAGAUAUCCCAGAUAUACGAGUGGUGUCUCAUAGGACUCAUUGCGGCAGUGCUGGCGUAUUACCACUUCACGUGGAAGAGUGCGUUAAGCUAUUGGAAGAACCGAAACAUUUCUGGUCCCAAACCGAUCCCAAUAUACGGAAACUUCUUGAGUCCUGUCCUAAAGGCGCGGCCGGACGUGGAGAUGGAGUGGUAUAAGAAAUACGGCCGACUUUUUGGAGUGUUCACGUUUGAGAAGCCCGGCCUAACAGUGGCCGACCCGGAGCUCGUCAAACAAAUUCUGGUCAAAGAUUUUAAUGCAUUUCGUAACCGACGGACACCUGUCACCCGUCACUCCGUGUUUUCCAAAAUCAUGUUCAGUGCCAGGGAUGACGACUGGAAGCGGGUCCGGGCGAUAGCCAGCCCUACCUUCACGUCCGGAAAGAUGAGGAAAAUGUAUGCUCUGAUCAAUCAUUGCUGCAAAGAUUUCCUCAAUAACUUGGAUAAGGAUGUGUCGAAUGGUAUGAAUGAAGUCGAGUUGAAGCAACUGAUGGGCGCCUACACUAUGGAUGUGAUCGCCAGCUGUGCCUUCGCU